UGAGUUACACACGACACGUAUCUCUCCGCUGACUCAAACGUUUGACGCUUAAGAUACAAACAUUGGAAAAACUAAAAACAGAAACAAAAUUAAAUAGAAAAAUCUCCCGCCAUCCCCAAACAUUAAUAAGCCCUCAAAAAUCAAGAAUCUCGUAUCAAAUUUUUUGGAUUUGGGAUCGAGAAGAUGGAGAUGACGGUGGUAGAUCUGAGCGCGUAUUUGGAAUCGGAGGAGGCGGGAGUGAAGGAGUUGUGCGGCGAGGUUAGUCGGAGUCUGAGAGAAACGGGAGCUCUGUUGGUAAAGGAUCCCAGAUGUACGGCGGAGGACAACGAUCGCUUCCUUGAUAUGAUGGAGAGGUACUUCGACAGUCCACCGGAGUUCAAGCGACUCCAGGAGAGGCCCCAAUUGCAUUACCAGGUUGGUGUGACACCGGAAGGCGUGGAAGUCCCCAGAAGCCUUGUUGAUGAAGAAAUGCAGGAGAAAUUGAAAGAAAUGCCCAAAGAGUCCCAGCCAUCCAUCCCCAAGGGGGCAGAUCGCAAAUGGCGAUACAUGUGGAGAGUGGGUCCUCGACCCUCGAAAACCCGCUUUCAGGAGCUUAAUGCAGAGCCUGUCGUACCCGAGCAGUUUCCUGAAUGGAAAGAUACCAUGGAUUCGUGGGGUUACAAGAUGAUUUCGGCAAUAGAGGCUGUUGCUGAAAUGGCUGCCAUUGGAUUUGGCUUGCCAAAGGAUGCAUUCACUUCUCUUAUGAAGCAGGGACCGCACCUUCUAGCUCCAACAGGAAGUGACCUUCGGCGUUAUGGCCAAGAGGGUACUGUGUUUGCCGGAUAUCAUUAUGACCUCAACUUUCUAACUAUUCACGGCAGAAGUAGAUUCCCAGGUCUGAAUAUUUGGCUUAAAAAUGGGCAAAAAGUUGAGGUGAAGGUUCCUGUAGGAUGUCUUCUCAUUCAGACUGGGAAGCAGAUAGAAUGGCUGACUGCAGGAGAUUGCAUAGCCGGAAUGCAUGAAGUUAUUGUAACAAACAGGACGAUUGAUGCAAUCAAACUAGCAACGGAGCAAAAUCGCUUACUAUGGCGAGUAUCUUCAACAUUGUUUGCACAUAUAGCAUCUGAUGCUGUGUUGAAGCCCUUAGGUCACUUUGCAGAAUCCCUGCUUGUGAGUAAAUACCCGCCCAUUUAUGCAGGAGAGUUCGUUGAACAGGAGCUUGCAGUAAUCAAUCUCAAAGGAAACAAAGAAUAAGUUUGACAACUUGUUACAUGUUGAAAUCGUAACGUAUUAUAACGAUCAGAACAACAUUGUGAAAAGGCGUUUGUGGAUGAUAUAAAUUGUAAUAAAGAAGGUUGGGUACGGUCAAUUGUGCCGUGUCAUUAUUUAUCUUUGUAUCAUGUACUGACAUUCUUUUGCUUCUCCAGCAAUUUUAGUUUUACCAUUUCAUUGCA